UGUAGUUGAAGAAGUCGCUCAACAGAACAUUGGGAAAUAUUACCGUGGUUCAUCAACAAUGUCUUCAGUUCAGAAUUUGAGAGAGUUAAUGAACGAGAGACUAACUGCUGCUGCUGAAGAAAUAUUCAGAGUUUUUCACAAAACUAUCGUCGAGUAUGAAGAAGAGAUCGACCGUCAGCGCAGACUUCUGGAUAUCGUUUCGAAACCUGAAAUAAAGCUACACAGAGCAGAGCUCCCACAGCAACAUGUCUGUAAGGAGGAGGAGGUUCUCGCUGAUGAGCAGCUCUGCAACCAGGAAAGGAACUCUAGUUUAAACCAAGAGGACCCAGAGCCUCCACAGAUUAAAGAGGAAAAGGAGGAGCUCUACACCAAUCUGGAGAUAGAACAGCUGGUGCUGAAGCAAGAGACUGAAACCUUUAUGUCAACUGAUACUUGUGAGGAGAGGGAUUGGCAUGUUGUCAGCUUGUCAGUUAAAAGCUCUGAGGUACCAGAAACAAACAGUGAUGACCAGCUCCUCUUUCAUGACUCUCAUGUAACUGAGAGCCAAGAUCACACAGAAGGCAAACAAGGAGACUCAGGAUCUACUAGAAAUACAGAGACAAAACCACAGAAAGGACAUUAUAAAACUAAAAGUCAUGGUGACAAUGUAUGUAGCCCUACCACAUCAAAGAUUCAGCUGGAUACUCAAACAAGUAAAAAGGUUUUGAAGUGUGGCACUUGUGGUAAAGAUUUUAAGUAUAUUUCCCAUUUGAAUGCACACGAGAGACUCCACACAGGUGAGAAGCCUUACCCAUGUGACACUUGUGGGAAAAGAUUUUCUCAUCAGAACGUAUUGAAAGUGCAUAUGAGAGUCCACACAGGUGAGAAGCCGUACCCAUGUAACGCCUGUGAGAAAAGAUUCUCUCAUAUGUGCACAUUACAGGACCAUAUGAGAAUCCACACAGGUGAGAAGCCGUACCAAUGCGACACUUGUGGGAAAAGUUUCUCUCUGCAGGGCGCAUUAAGAUCGCAUAUAAGAGUCCACACAGGUGAGAAGCCGUAUCCAUGUAACAGUUGUGGGAAAAGAUUUACUAAGAUGUGCAAUUUAAAGGUGCAUAUGAGAGUCCACACAGGUUAGAAGCUGUACAAUUGCAAAUACAAGUCGCCCGGAGUGGUUGCAAGCCAAGCUUUUACUAAUGUUUGGUGAGCAUGUUUCUCUGAUAAUGUUAGAUCAGGAUGUCUGAUGAUUAAAACUAGAUAAAAAAGUCAAUUUAUAACAGUUUCUAUUGGACAGCACGAAUGUAUGUACAAAGGGUUCAAUCAAUCAAUCAUAUAUAUUUAUAGCGUCAAAUCACAACAAAAGUCAUCUCAAGGUACUUUCCACAUAGAGUAGGUCAAGACCAUACUCUUUGUAUGGUUCAUGAUGCCUGAUAGGUGAUCAAAUGAAAUGAACCAUUGCCUUCAUUAAAAUGAUGGAUUUCUUUGGAUGUGAACAGUGUGGGAAGCAUUUGGGGUGAUUUUGGGCCUUUAAGUUUUUAAUACUAAUGACACUAAUUUAUUGAUAUACUAAAUGGUGGUGUUUGCAGGUCGCUCUCUUAAGUUUUUAUUAAUUUCAUCUUUAUUUUCGAUUUUAUACUUGUGUAUUUUUUUUCCCAGUUUAACUUGAGAUCAAAUGUUUGUUGUUUGUUUCUGUAGAGAUGACACACAUUGUAGUUGAUGUACUACAUGGUGACGUCAACACAUUUUAUUGACAAUAAAAUAUGUUUUCAAGA